GGAUGAUGAUGAUGCUAAUGUUGACGAAGAUUUUUGUGACGCCGAAGAUGAUGAUGAUGAUGAUGAUGAUGAUGAUGAUGAUGAUGAUUUGGAUCAUGAUUAUACUGAUGAUGUUGAUUCCGGUGAAGCUUCGAAUAAUGGUGACGAUGUUGAUGAUCAGGUUGACAAUGAUAAUGAUGAUGCUGAUGAUGAUGAUGAUGAUGAUUGUGAUUAUUCGGAUGAAGAUAAUGAUGAUCAUGAUGAUGAAUUUGAUGAUGCCGAUGAUGACGGAGAAGAAGUAGAUGUUGCUUCGGAUGAUGAUGAUGCUGAUCUCCAUGAAACGGAUCAUGGAGUUGAGGUGGAUGACGAGGCUUCGAAUGCGUAUGAACAUGAUUACGAUGACUGUGAUGAUGCUGAUUCGGGAGUUGAUGACGAUGGUAAUGACGAUUCGGAUGGUAAUGAUGAUGAGUAUCAGGAUUCGGUUUAUGAUGAUGACGAUUGGAAAGAUGACAGAAAUCAUCUUCACGAUGCUGAUGAUGAUGAUGAUGAUGAUUAUGAUGAUGAUGAUGUGGAUGAGUCUGAGGAUGAUGAUGAUGAUGAUGAUGAUGAGGCUGAUGCUGACGAUGAUAAUGACGACGGACAACGUUAUGAUCAUCAUUCGAAUGAUGACGAUUAUUUGGAAGACUUGGAUGAUUAUGAUGAUGACUCGGAUGACGGUUCGCAUGACGAUGAUGAAAGUGAACGUCAUGACGACGUUGAAAAUCGUGAUGACUCGAAAAUGAUGAUGAUGACGAUGAUGAUGUUCAUGAUAUUCGUGAAAAUAAUGAUGAUUACAAUGAUGAUGAUGAUGAUGAUGAAGAUGAUGAUGAUUCGGAUGACGAUAAUGGUGAUGACGAAAACGACGAUGAUUCGGAUGAGUGAUGAUGAUCAUUACGCGGCUGACAAUGAUGAUGAUAAUGACGAUGAUGCAGAAGAUGAUCAUGAAACAAAAGAUGAUAAUUAUUUGGAUUAUUCCGAAUACGAUGAUGAUGAUGAUGACUUAGAAGAUGCUUCGGAUUAUGAUGACGAUGGUGACGAUGACGGUGACGAUAAUGAUGAUGAUGACUCGGAUUAUGAAAUUGAUGACGAGGGUGAGUACGAUGAUGAUGAUCUUGAUGAUUCGAAUAUUGAUGACGAUGAUAGUGACGAUUCGAAUUCUGAUGAGGAUGAUUAUGAUGAUUCGUUAUCUGAUGACGACGAUUCGAAUGACGAUAAGGAUGAUGUUCACGAUGAUGAAGAUGGUGAUGAGGAUGAUGAUGAUGAUUAUGAUUAUGAUGAUUCGGAUGAUGAUGAUGAUGAUGAUGACGAUUAUGAUCAUGAAUCGAAUGUUGAUGAUGAUGAUGAUGACUCGGAUAAUGAUACGGAUGAUCAUGAUGAUGGUGAUAAUGAUGAUGACGAUGAUGAUAAUAAUGAUGAGUGUAACUGCCGGAUUUGCAAGCGGUUGCAGAAGUCGCGGAACUGA